AUGUCAUUUCUUCCUACUCUAGAGACAAAAGCAGAUGUUGAUGCCGUUAUCCGUAACACAGAGGAUCUCGUAGUUGCCCUUCGCUUUGGUAAAGCUGAUGAUCCAGUAUGUAUGCGGCUAGAUUAUAUCCUUGGCAAAGCAUCACCAGAGCUCGCUAGAAUGGCAGUUAUAUACACAGUUGAUAUCUCACACGUUCCAGCAUACGUCUCCUACUUUGACAUAACUCUCAUUCCAGCCACAAUAUUCUUCUUCAAUGCGCAGCAUAUCAAAGUUGAUUAUGGCACACCCGAUCAUACAAAGUUCAUCGGAACCUUUGUGAAUAAGCAGGAUUUCAUUGAUUUGAUUGAAGUUAUAUACAAAGGAGCAAUGAGAGGGAAAUUGGUCGUAGUAAGUCCAAUUGAUAGACGAAGAAUUACUCAAUAUGACUUGGUGUAUAAAGAUAUUUAA